ACCCUAAAACCGACAACCUUGGAUUGUCAUCUCGUUUUAUUGUCGUCAGUCUCUCUCGCACUCGUGCCGUGCCCGUCAAAUCUUACCACAAACAACUUUCGAGCACCUUUAUCGCAAAACCAUGGCAAAUAACAAUAGACUCAGAACCGUGUACGCUUUUGCCCGAGAAAUGUACCCCAAGACCGUAAAGACUGAUAUCCAAUAUGGCACGGCCGGGUUUAGAACGAGGGCCACGGACCUAGCCUAUGUGAUGUACCGUAUGGGUUUGUUGGCAGUUCUAAGAGCCCGUUACAAGAAGGCUGUUGUAGGAGUGAUGAUCACUGCCUCGCAUAAUCCCGAACCGGAUAACGGCGUUAAAUUGGUAGAUCCGCAUGGUGAAAUGCUUGAACAGAGCUGGGAAAAAUUGGCUACCCGAAUUGCCAAUGUGGCGGACAGCAAGUUGCAAGACGCGCUUAACGACAUUAUUAAGGAGUACAACAUCGAAAACAUGAACGAUAGGGCGGAAAUAGUAGUCGGGAAAGAUACUAGGCCCAGCAGUCCGAGUCUCUCAAAGGCGGUGACGGACGGUAUACUGGCUAUGGGCGGCAAGCCCAUAGACUAUGGUAUAGUGACGACCCCCCAGCUUCAUUAUUUCGUGAUGUGCAAAAAUACUAACCGGGCCUACGGCCAGCCCACCGAAGAGGGUUACUACCGAAAGUUGAUCAACGCGUUUAAAAAGGUGCGGGGAGACAGUUUCACCAACGGCAAUUACACCAAUCGGGUUAUGUAUGACGGUGCCAACGGGGUGGGCGCCAAGAAAGUCAAAUACUUGAAGGAAGCUUUGGGUGGCAGUUUAAUAGUAGACAUGUACAAUGACGAGAUCAUCGGAUCCGGGAAACUCAACUAUUUGUGCGGCGCCGAUUUCGUAAAAAGCCACCAAUCCUUCCCGACGGGUGUACCGAAAGAAGCGAACGCCCGGUGUUGUUCGGUGGACGGCGACGCGGACAGAUUGGUUUACUAUUAUUUGGACGACAACGGUAAAUUCCAUCUGCUCGACGGCGACAGGAUCGCCACCCUUAUAGCCGCCUACCUUAAGGAGAUCCUACUCAAAACAGGCAUCGACUUGAAUUUGGGGCUGGUGCAGACCGCCUACGCCAACGGGGCAUCAACCGAAUACAUUACUAAGGAAUUGAAAGUCCCAGUGGCGUGCGUGUCGACCGGGGUGAAGCACCUGCACCACAAAGCGCAAGAGUUCGACAUCGGGGUUUAUUUCGAAGCGAACGGGCACGGCACGGUCGUAUUUCGACCGGAAGCGAAGACUAGACUGAGGGAGGCGUUCCAGGCAAACAACCUGUCGCCCGAUCAAAAGGAAGCGACCGAAAGACUUUUGAACGUGAUCGACAUAAUCAACGAAACGGUCGGAGACGCUAUAUCGGACAUGUUGCUAGUGGAGACGAUUCUGCAUUCGAAAGGGUGGGACGUUAGAGAGUGGGAGGCGGCCUAUACGGACUAUCCCAAUAGACUGAUGAAGGUGGUCGUUACGGACCGUAACGUAAUCACGACCGCCGACGCGGAACGGACCUGCGUCACCCCCGAGGGCCUCCAAAACGAAAUAGACGGCCUGGUGGCGAAGUACCGGAGCGCGAGAGCGUUCGUGAGGCCAUCCGGUACUGAAAACAUAGUCCGGGUGUACGCGGAGGCGGCGACCCGAGAAGAGACGGACAAGCUGGCGGCCGAGGUCGCGCGGAAAGUGUACGAUAUGGCGGGGGGCUGCGGAGCCCCGCCCGAGGUGCCCCAAUAGCGGUCCGAGACCAGACAGCCGCGACGGUACAAUGAUUAUUACUAUAUAUAGAAUAUUUUUCCAAAA